UCUGAUAUAACGGGAGAGAUAGGAAGUGGGUAGGCUCUCCAUAAACCAGCUCUGCUCUUACACACACACACACACACACACUUGCAGCAGCAGCAGCAGAAGCUGAGAAAUCUUCCUCCAGCACUUAUUUGAAGACAGCUUUCCGUAGACAAUGGCUCAGCCGGCCGACUCGAUCCUGCACAGCGGUUACUUCCACCCCACUCUCAGACACUGGCAGACGUGUGCUACUGACCUCAGACCAGACAACCUCAUCUACCCCAUCUUCAUCACUGACAGUCCAGAUGCAGUGGAACCUAUUGCCAGUUUACCUGGACAAGCAAGAUAUGGAGUGAAUAAGCUUGAGGGGAUGCUGCGCCCUCUAGUGGAGAAAGGCUUGAAAUGUGUGCUGAUUUUUGGAGUUCCUGCAAAGAUUGCAAAGGAUGAGAGAGGAUCUGGAGCUGACACUGAUGACACUCCUGCUGUCCUGGCUGUGAAGAAAAUUUGUGCCACCUUCCCUGAUCUGGUUGUGGCUUGUGAUGUCUGCCUCUGUCCUUACACAUCACAUGGCCACUGUGGGAUUCUGCGUGAAGAUGGCAGCCUGGAUAAUGCAGCAAGCUGCCUGAGACUGGCAGAGGUGGCGUUAGCGUAUGCUCAGGCUGGUUGCCACAUCAUCGCUCCCUCUGACAUGAUGGAUGGGCGAAUCGGAGCCAUUAAACAAGCGCUGAUAUCCAAUGACCUCGGCAACAAGGUUUCAGUGCUGAGCUACAGUGCUAAGUUUGCCUCCUGCUAUUAUGGACCAUUCAGAGAUGCUGCUCAGUCCAAACCAGCUUUUGGAGACAGGAGAUGCUAUCAGCUGCCACCUGGUGCCCGAGGACUAGCACUGCGAGCAUGUGAUCGUGAUGUGAAAGAAGGAGCUGAUAUGCUGAUGGUGAAGCCUGGACUGCCUUAUCUUGAUAUCCUGAGAGAGGUCAAAGAUAAGCACCCCACACACCCGCUGGCAGUGUAUAAUGUGUCCGGAGAGUUUGCCAUGCUGUGGCACGGAGCGCAGGCAGGGGCAUUUGACCUGCGCACAGCUGUUCUAGAGUCCAUGACUGCUUUCCGUAGAGCAGGAGCAGACAUCAUCAUCACCUACUAUACCCCUCAGCUGCUCACAUGGCUGACAGAGUGAUGUAUCAGCCUGCUUCUGUGGAAUGUUUCAGGUCUAUGGUGUACUAACCAAAAGUAUCAUAGCUCAAAGAACGUUAAGAGAGAAUGUGUGACAUUGUUAUGGAGGAGGUGAUUUUAACAAAUGCUUUUGAUUGAUUGAGCUACACACUGACCAGUGGGUUCGCUUAUAGGCAGCUGAUGCAUUCUCUGGGCAAGCAGCUAUUAUGAUGAGCUUUAAAUAAUAAUUAAUAAUUAAUAAAUAAUAAUUAAUAAUUAAUAAUUAUUCUGCCUGAUUGUUUUUGUAUUUCUUUUUACUAACAACAGUUCUGAUAUGAUUCAUUAUUUAGUUUUGUAUCUGACCUGUCUCUCUGCUGCACACCAUCUAUAUAUGUUCAUUGUUCAUCUUGCGGGAUAAAAUAGCACUGAAUGUUUGUUAGUUAUGUAUGCUGAUUUUUACUCAGAGAGAAAUUAUAAGAAUGCUGGGCGUCUUGCUUCGAUCUAUGCAUUAAAGGCUAUACGAUAUUAGCCACAGAUGUUGUUGUUAAAAUGUACAUGAAAAAUCAAGACCACAGUUAUGAGUAAAACAAAUGUUGUCUAAA